AGGCGCACUGGGCGCAGAGCAGAGCAUGUCGCCUCCUGUUGCUGCACCACACUGUGGGAUCCGCUGUCGACCUUUCAGACUGUACACAUGAACGCAGUCAUCAGGUUUACGCCUUCACCCGCUAUGUAGGACCGGGAGCAGAGCUGGGACUGAAGCUGAAGUGAGGAGGGGGUCCGAACCGGGCUGGUGUCUGGGGGGUUUUUGGACACAACUUGGCAGAGAAGUCGCUGCUGCUGCUGGAGGUGCUCUGGCUGUGGGUUUGCACGGAGCCGUUUGCAGAGAAAAGUAGGAAACAAGUGUCAGAGAGCGAGCAACAGAUGUUUUUUGGUGGAAAUGCGGCCGGCUGAGGAAUGAGAGCAGCUCGGAGGCACCGGCGGCCCUUCCAGCGGUUCUGCUGCUGUGGACUAGGGCUGGCCACCGUCAUUUGGCUCGUACAGGUCAUCCAGGCUCCAGGGAGCGAGUCAUCUGGGUUCUGGUCAGGCGUGAGUGGAGGAACGCCGCGAUGGACACGCAGACUGAUGCAGGAGACGUCAGACAACGAGAGUCUGAGUCUGGAUGAGCCUCGAGCAGCUAUCAAUGAGUUUCCAAAGGACAUCUUCAAUAAGGAGGAGAGGAAGAAUGGUGCAGUGUGUCUUCAUGCUCUGUGUGCCAUCUACAUGUUCUAUGCUCUGGCCAUCGUUUGUGACGACUACUUUGUCCCCUCUCUUGAGAAAAUAUCAGAGAACCUGCAUCUCAGUGAGGAUGUGGCUGGGGCCACGUUUAUGGCUGCAGGAAGCUCUGCUCCUGAACUUUUCACCUCACUCAUCGGUGUCUUCAUCACUAAAGGAGACGUUGGAGUCGGUACAAUUGUUGGCUCCGCUGUCUUCAACAUCCUGGUCAUCAUCGGCCUCAGUGGGAUCUUCGCAGGCCAGACGGUGACUCUGACAUGGUGGUCCCUGUUUAGAGACUCCAUGUACUACAUCCUGUCUGUACUGACUCUCAUCAUGGUUAUCUAUGAUGAUAGAGUUGUUUGGUGGGAAUCUAUUCUCCUCAUGACCUUGUAUGGAAUCUACAUUAUAAUCAUGAAGUUUAAUUCGCAGAUUCUGGCGUUUGUGAUGCGUCAGUUCAGGAGUGCCGUGCCGUGCUGUUCUGGGUCACAGGACCGCAGGGACGACAAAAUGGGGGAGGACGCCUCCGGGUGCAACACCUCCAUCGUCCUCCUCAGUAAAGGUCAGACCCACAGUCAGGAGCCUCCUCCAGUCGUGAUGGUGGAUGAACUUCUCAUCCUGAACCCCCACAAACUGUCUUUCUCUGAGGCCGGUCUGCGGAUAAUGAUCACCCCCCACUUCUCCCCUCGGACCAGGCUCUCAAUGGCAGGACGGAUGCUCAUCAGCGAGAGGCAGAGGCUGAUACGGAGUUCAAAGCACCAGAGGGACGCUGAGGCCGGACCCAGGUCCAGAGGAGGGUCCACCAGCAACAGUCUGAAAAUGACCAGCUCCUGCAGUCUGGAGAACGGAGGAGGCAGACCUGGGAUCGGAGACGCAGAGUCAGGAGAAAAGCCUGGAGCGGAGGUCUGCCAGCCAGAGGACGAGGAUGAGGAGGAUGAAGAUGGGGUUUUUAAUCCUGUGCGAAUACCAGGUGGUUGCUGUGCUCGGGUGAAGUGGGUGAUCACAUGGCCUCUGGGCGUCCUGCUCUACUGCACUGUGCCUAACUGUGUUCAGCCACGCUGGCACCGCUGGUUCAUGGUCACCUUUGUGGCCUCCACUCUGUGGAUUGCCGUCUUCUCCUACCUCAUGGUGUGGAUGGUCACCAUCAUCAGCUCCACACUCGACAUCCCAGACUACAUUAUGGGCAUUACGUUCCUGGCUGCAGGGACCAGUGUUCCAGACUGCAUGGCUAGUCUGAUAGUAGCUCGACAAGGCAUGGGGGACAUGGCAGUGUCCAACUCCAUAGGCAGCAAUAUUUUUGACAUCCUGCUGGGUUUGGGUUUUCCCUGGGCUUUGCGGACCCUUGUGGUGGACCACGGAUCAUCAGUCCCCAUAAAUAAUAAAGGACUGGUUUACUCUGUCGUCUUGCUGUUGGCAUCCGUGUUACUGACGGUGAUGAGUGUCCAUCUGAACCACUGGAGGCUGGAUCGCCGUCUGGGUCUGGGUCUCUUAUUUCUCUAUGCCAUCUUCCUACUCUGCUCCAUCUUCUUUGGACAGAUGUGAGGCCUUAAGGUCAAAGGUCAUUCCCAAUCAGACACCAUGCCAAGUACCUACCUUUCCAAUCACACGUCCUCUCUCCUGAAGCAAAAAAUAAAAAAUAAAAAAGAGGGGGGGUGACAGACAUAACAUCGUCGUCGUGUUCCUUGUGAGACUCUGCACCGUUGUACGAUAACACUAGGGUGACACUGUACACACUGAAGGCUUCUAUCAAUACUCUAUUAUUUUCACCUAGUGUUUGAAAGCGGUUGUUCUUUCUGGUAGAAAAUGUGAUGUUGGAUCGUAGCAGAGACAUGGAUGGCAUGGCAGAUGGAAGCACACAGACUGGUAGUUCUACUCCGGAACUUCUAUGCUUUUGUGUAACGACUCACUGAUGAUUUAGUGGAAGCUACUUUUUCAAUGAAUUACAAGUUUAAUUGAAGCAAUAACCUGUAACAUGAUGAGCUUUAAAUAAUUAAACCCUGUGCUAAUCCCUGUGCAUCUAUAUCAAAUGGCUCAGUGUAUGUAUAUAAACUAAAUAACGUAAAAACAGAAAUAUAAGUUCUGCACCAUAAUUUACCUAAUAGUUUUUUUUUCAUUUCAGCACCUUUUCAUCCAUGUUUCGCUCUUAACUUUUCCGAUGUCAUUAUUUAUUUAUUUGUAUAAUUCUUUUUUUUCUUUUUUUUAAACACUGCUGCAGCCAAUCUAAUCCAUACCAGAAUCUCUACUUAUUUGAGUCUCUUCCAGUUGAGGAUACAGCUUUAACACCCCCCCCCCCCCCAGGUUAAUUCUUAUGUUGCCGAGCAGUCGUUGACAGUUCACUUUUAACAAUAGAACAACAACAGUGCUUGAGCAGGACGUGCAUUGUCAGCAGAGUAGAGACCAGAUUUGAAACCAGGUUAAAAUGCAUUAGAAGAAGUCCCAGUCAAAACCCUGAUGUGCAAGAGUACGGAACAAAAUGUCUUGAGUUGUAAUUGUAACAAGAAGCUACGUAAAAAGGCAAACACACACACACAAAAAGAAAAAAAAUUUUAAAAGGAUCUGUGUAAGUUUUGAUCCUGAUUUGCUGCAAAUCUCUGUGAAAAUGCUUUAGUUAGAAACACUGAUAAAUAUUUAAUAAAUGGUACUUUAAUCUGCCAUGUCAUGCUUGGACCUAUUUAUUAAAAAAAAAAACUAUCCGAUAAAACUACUUGUCUGUUGGCCUUAGGAUUUAAUGCCCUUGUAUGUUCUGAAUGUACACCCUAGCUAACUACAUUUGUGUGAAGAUAUUUACAUGCAUUGAAAUGUAGCAGGCAGCACUGAAGACAGACCGACAGGUACUGACGUCCUGUGAUCGAGGACAUACCGUCUGUCCGGGUUUUAGAGUAGAACUAUUCAAAUGCACAUCAUUGUGACAAUAUUUUGACUAUUUUGCCUCACUACCUAUAAGCAAGUAUUGGUACAUCUUAAUGUACGUAAAGAGAUUAACCUAGUGUUACAGUAUUUUUAGAGUCUUAUUAUUAUGAAAUCAUAUAUAAUGUGCUUCUAUGAGUGUCACAAACUUUGAUGACCUAGUUGUAAUACGUCACGUUUAGGUACGAUAAUGUUUGUAAUGUUUCCUGUACAUUUUAGGGGAUUCUUGCACUUUGGUGGAACAUUUUCACAGUUUAGCACAAGCCUCAGUCAGGACAGAAGCAGACAAAUCUGCCAUAAUGUCCACAAUAAAUGCACACACAUACAUGAACUGUGUGUGUUUGUGUGUGUGUUAUGGGAAAUAAAUGCUGCAUAUUAUUAUCUGCUGCUCUUCUGUCGCUCUAUCAGAAUAAGGAAAUCUGGAUGAUCACGGCUAUGACACAGUAGGAUUCGGUGCCACUGUUAGUGCAGUUAUUAUCCUGUUACUAAAUGUUCCAGCAAAGAGAUUUGUCUUUCUUUUCCAAAUGGCUGUAUAAUUAUCGUCUACUUGACAAUACUUUUUACUGUUUGUAAAUGGUAAAUAAUUUACAUAGUUUUACAAUAAUAUGAAUGUCUGACAGAGACUAGUUUUGUGGUGUUUUUGAUAUUUUUUAACGAUAGAUCAUGUAUCCUAGGCUUACCUGUGAAUUAUUGUAACAGAAUGAAUGCAUAUUUUGUCUGACUGGUGGAAUAUGAAGGCUGUAAUGUCAAACAAACACUGUUUAUUAACUCAGUCGCAGUUGUCUUAAAAUCUUUUGAGCACCGAGAUUUUUGUUGGCUUCAGUAUUGAUUUAGUGACACUCUCCAUUUACAUUACACAGGAAAACACACAAAACUAAACUCCUGUUUACAUAUUUUAAUAGUGUGACAUGAAUAUGAAUUAAUAUAAAAGCUAAAGUAUGAUUUGAGUGUAGAUGCAAAUAAUAAUCUGAGGUGUUUUGUUUUUUUUCUCCUUUGCUCUAUCAUAGCUGAGAGUCGUUUCCAAAUGGACUGAACCACCGACUAAUGCAACUUCUAGUGCUUAAAAAUAGAGCAGAACAUUUAUUCACUGUACAAUAAAAAAGUUGUUUAUCAAAGACUGGAGGAAAUUCCAACUGUUUCCACUGACAGUAGUUAUUUUUUCCCACUAAAUCCCAUUAUUUACUGUAAAAUCAGAUCCUACUAGUUCAUCUGACGUGUACAAAGAAAACGCAUUUGUUUUGGGGCUGUACUUUCUAUAAACAUCACCUGUGAAAAAAAAAAUUACAAAAAAAAUCAUCAGGGAGAGUGAAGUGCAGUCAGGGUUUCAUGAAUUAUUUUGGCAAGUCACUUCUUAUAAAACACCCUCUUGCGCUAUUGACUGUACACACAUCCCAUUCUUGAGUGUCUGCUUUGUGUUCUUGAGGAAGAAAAUGUCCUAGCAGAUUCUGUGUUCAUUAUUUUUAUACUUCUGGCUUUUUUGUGGAGAAGACAAAGCCGACAUGUUACUCAAGACAACUGUUUGAGGUCUAUGCUGUUUGCCCAUGUAGGAAUUCAGUUAUGGUCACAGAGACGCCAAACCAAACAAUUUACCCUCAUUUAACUUCACGUAUUAUGAAGAAUGUUUCUUUUCUGUUGUGAUGUUGGUGGUUGAAGUUAUUUAAGAGUUGAAAUUUCUUGCUUUAGAGCUCGUAUUGGAUCAUAGGACUGUUGUAUCUUGAGUGCAAUAAAACUGUGCAAUAACACUU